AGGAGAAAAGAAGAAAAAAAAAAAAAGAGAGAGACAGGUGGAGGGCAGGCUUGUUUCUCGCGCGCGUUCUCUUAUCCCGCGAGCCUCUGUCGAGUGUCGCGUCGAUCCCCGCGUCUGCCCGCACGAGAUUCGCGAACCCUCGAUUUUCCUAACCUCUAAGUAAACGCUCCGAAUUCUCGGAGCAUUUUCUACGCGAGGACAAAUUCAUCUCUCGGACUCUUUCUCUCGCUCGUAGUUCCAUCUAUCUGUCCUCUCUGUCCUGUCUUCGCGCUCGCUCGCUCGCUCCCAUUUUCAUUCCUCUAUGUUUCCCUAUCGCCUUUAGCUCUUGGCAGGUCUUUAACAAUCUCCCCUCCCCCCUCCCCCCUCCUCCUUCGUGUCUCCGACGUGCGAAAAGUGAGGGGAAUCGUGAAGAUCGUUUGGACACGGUGAAAAAUUUGUGUGUGUGGAGAGAUUAUAAAAAUAUAGUGCGCCGCCGAGUUAAAUAGCGAGCAUUUGUAAUCGUGGUAAGAGCAGAGAGCCCUUGCAGCGACAUGAAGCGCGCAGCUGCAAAAAAGCUCAUCGAACGGUACUUUUAUCAACUUACGGAUGGAUGUGGAAAUCCUCAUUGUGACAAUCAGCAUUGUGCCUCGAGUGGCAAAGUUACUAAUCUUACUCCAAAUCAAGCAGCUGCUCAAGCAAUACAGUUAUUUUCGCAAGAAGCAAGACUUUGCGAUGGUACACAACCCAGUAAAGUCGCUCGGACUAUAGAGCCAGGACAAACGUCAUUGGCUAAGAGUCUACCUGUAAAAAGCGUUAAUCCUACAAGCUCCGACGAAGGAAAACAAGAGCCAUAUCUUACAGAAGCUAAGCUUCUAGAUAUUAUAGAAAAAUGUAAAGCGGAAGAUUCAUAUGCUUUAUUAAUUCGUACUUUGGGAGAGGUGUUUUCUUCCGGAAAGGCAUUAAGUCUCAGCUUCCAAAAGACUGAGAAAAGUAAUUCCCCUUUGGCGGCGCUUCUCGAUCGAGCGCCAGAUACUUUAUUAAGGCCACCUGCAGAUUUAAACAAAGAGGCGGUACGAUCUCUUCAAGGAGAGGAUAAAGAAGAGGAUAGCAGUGAUCCAUCACCUACAGUUCCUAAUAAUGAUGAUACUAGUGUUGAUUUACCAUCUGUUCGUAGAGCUUUUGAAGCACUUUGGUCUGUUCCAGGUGAACAGUUUGAGUCAGCUUUGGUCAACGCAUUAGUCACUUUAGCGGAUGACAUAGAAUUAGAUCUGAGAGUAUUUCGCAUAGUACGCUGGGACAGUAUGGACAGUUUGUUAAAUGUAUUUCUCAUUGUCUUUGAAAUACCGAUGCUUGGAAAUAGCGAAUAUUUGGAACUAGCCCUUCAUAUGUUAUGUAAAGCAUUGAGUUGCUUACCAGUAGUGGCUCAAGCUAAGUUGGCACGUGUUUGGGCCAAGCACUGCAAAUCACGGCUUCCAAAUCUUCUACAGGCGCUUCAAGAGCUCAUCACUGUCAAGGUCAUAGGAGGAUCCUUCACGCGCGAUUAUUGCGUUCAAGAUGCAGAUACUAUUACCGCACCUACGAAGGUUAUGAAAAUUUUAUACUACGCGAGUAUGCUAGCUGGAGAAUUAGAUCCUCCUGAGCUGAUAUUGGGCGAUGAGGCUGAAUCAGCAAGCAGUGACAAAACUUCUUCUUCACGAUCGUCGAUUUCAGGACAGAUUCCUCAGGAUCCGUUAGCGACAGAAUUAGGAAUUAACGCAUUAGACGCACGUAAGCCUUUCAUACCGUUUACUGAUUUCUACAAUGAACCACUUAGUGAUGCCAUAGAAAUGGACAAGGAUUUUGCUUAUUAUAAGAGUGAAGAACCGAUGAAAUUUAGUUUUAUGAAUUAUGCUUUUGUUCUUACACCAGCCACUAAAACUUUGGGUUUAUAUUAUGAUAAUCGUAUUAGGAUGUAUAGUGAACGACGUAUGAGUUUUUUACAAACCGUUGUCGGGCAACCUACUAAUCCAUAUCUCAGAUUAAAGGUGAGGAGGGAUCAUUUGAUAGAUGAUGCAUUGGUAGAAUUGGAGAUGGUAGCGAUGGAAAAUCCAUCUGAUUUAAAGAAACAAUUGGUUGUCGAAUUUGAGGGAGAGCAAGGUGUCGAUGAAGGCGGUGUAUCUAAAGAAUUUUUUCAACUAGUUGUAGAGGAAAUCUUCAACCCUGAUUAUGGCAUGUUCACAACCCAGGAAGAUACGCAAAUGACAUGGUUCAAUCCGACAUCGUUUGAAAGUGAUGCACAAUUCACGCUAAUAGGCAUUGUCCUUGGCUUAGCAAUUUAUAAUAAUGUAAUUCUAGAUGUACGUUUUCCAAUGGUAGUUUAUAGAAAACUGCUAGGCAGAAAAGGUGCUUUUGCGGAUCUCGAGGAUUGGAGCCCAACAUUAUAUCGAACGAUGAAGGAAUUAAUGGAAUAUACAGGAGAUGAUAUGCCGGAGACAUUCAUGCAAACUUUCCGAGUAGGAUACAGAGACGUUUUUGGAUCGUUAUCGUUUCACGAACUGAAGGAGAAUGGUGAUGAACUAUACGUCACGCAGGAAAAUAAAAAGGAAUUUGCCGAUCUUUAUGCGGAUUUUUUGCUCAAUAAAUCCGUGGAGAGACAAUUCAAUGCCUUCAGACGUGGCUUCCAAAUGGUUACAGACGAGAGCCCGCUCGCAUUACUCUUCAGACCGGAGGAGAUUGAGCAGCUUGUUUGCGGAAGCAAAAUAUUCGAUUUCGCCGAGCUGGAAGCAGCUACGGAGUACGAAGGCGGCUAUACUGUUGACAGUGAAGCGGUACGUAACUUUUGGCGCGUAGCGCAUUCCCUACCGCCUGAAAGUCAACGGAGGCUUCUUCAAUUCACCACCGGUAGCGAUCGAGUUCCGGUCGGCGGUCUUUCAAGGCUCAAAAUGGUCAUUGCUAGACAUGGUCCGGAUUCCGAUAGAUUGCCAAUAGCGCACACGUGCUUUAAUGUUUUAUUAUUACCGGAUUACAGUACAAUAGAGAAACUGCAAGAUCGCUUAUUAAAAGCGAUUAAUUAUUCAAAGGGUUUUGGCAUGUUAUGAGCAUGCUGCACAUCACCCCACUCUCUUCCCCUGUCUUUCGAAUUAUAUAUUCGAAGUUCACAAUAAAACUCGAUUCCUCUUUUGUCAUUUUAAUUGCAGCUAUACUAUUUGGAAGUAUCUGUCAUAAUAAUUGCAAAUUGUGCCAGUACAUUUAACAUGAAAACAUUGCUUGUUGUAAUAUGAAUCAACAACAAAAGGCUCCUAACAUUCUAAAAAAUUUCAACGAAUCAAAGAGAGAGAAUGAGUCCUUUGUACAAAACAGAUAUAACUUGAAAAACGCUUCACAACUAUUCUUGCAAUUACCAUUGCAAGAAGUCGCUUGUACCAUACUGUGUACUUUUUCUAUUAAAGUAAAGAUAAUGAAGAUUGAUUUCAUUAGCCAUUUCGAAGUGAUUGAGAGAAGAAGUGCAAAAGAUAAAUGUGAGUGUAAAAAUACGAAAAUACCAAGCGAAAUCGCAUUAUAGAAAUAAAUAAAUGUAAUUUUAGCAAAACAUA